AUGGGCGGCCCUCGUCCUGGCGGCCGAGCUGGCCCCCGCCUGGGCCUUGCAAUUCCUCCGUCUGCCAACGUCAAGCCGGUCGGGAACCAGGGGGCACCUCCUCCGCGUCCGGCGCUACCCACAUUGAACAUCGCCACUCCGAUGGGCAGCACCGUGGUGCCGCAAGAACAGCCGCACAAGGCCCUGAGCUUGCAAAGUGCGAGUGGUGGUAGCGAGAGCAGCGCCGCUCACAGCAGGAGCGGGAGUUUUGGGCCGCUCGACGGCCGCGCCAGUAAUCCCACCAGUGCCGGCUCUCAGUUCAGCGCCCUCUCCUUCGCUAGCCACUAUGGUAUUGGGUCGACAAGGCAGACGGGCGAUCCAGUAUCGGCGGUUGGAUCGCUGUAUUCGAAUGCCAGUGAGAGCAUAGGCGAAGAGGGCAGCUUACACGGACUGGAAAGCUUUGAUAAGCUGAGCCUUGAGAAGGCGAGGACAGCAGAUGUGGAAGACCUGGAUGACGAAGGUUGGCGAAUUGUGAGUAUGGAGAAGAGGAUCAUCGAGCUGGGAACCCUGGGUGAAGGUGCCGGUGGUGCAGUGACAAAAUGCAAGUUGAAGGGUGGGAACACCAUGUUCGCCCUCAAGAUUAUCACAACAAACCCUGACCCGGACGCCAAGCGGCAAAUCAUUCGCGAGUUGGGCUUCAACAAGGAGUGUGCCUCGCAACAUAUUUGCCGCUACUACGGUGCAUUCGUCGACCCCGCGACGGCCACCAUCUCCAUCGCAAUGGAGUUUUGCGAGGGCGGGUCUCUGGACAGCAUCUACAAGGAGGUCAAGCGGCUCGGUGGCCGGACAGGUGAAAAGGUGCUGGGCAAAAUUGCCGAGGGUGUCCUCCAAGGUCUGACCUACCUUCACUCCAAGAAGAUCAUCCACCGCGACAUCAAGCCGAGCAACAUCCUUCUUUGCCGCAAUGGCGACGUGAAGCUCUGCGAUUUCGGUGUCUCUGGCGAGUUCGGCACUAAGGGCGACGCGUCCACCUUCAUUGGCACCAGCUACUACAUGGCACCAGAACGUAUUACGGGCCAGUCAUACACCAUCACGUCCGAUGUCUGGUCUACCGGUAUCACACUGCUUGAGGUUGCCCAGCAUCGUUUCCCGUUCCCGGUCGACGGCACCGAGAUGCAGCCCCGCGCCGGCCCUCUCGAUUUGCUGACCUACAUCGUCAAGCACCCGACGCCUAAACUCAAGGACGAGCCCGAUGCCAACAUCUUCUGGAGUGGCAACUUCAAGUACUUCAUCGACUGCUGUCUCGAAAAGGAACCGUCCCGCCGUGCGACCCCCUGGCGUAUGAUGGAGCACCCCUGGAUGAAGGAGAUGAGCACCAAGCGCGUCAACAUGCGCCGUUACCUGUCGCAAGUUUGGGGCUGGGAUGAUCAGGAACCUCAGGCGCCACAGAAGGCAUAG